GCACGCCGAGAUGCGGCACGACAUCCUCAGUACAUCCACUCGGCAACUCCCAACCCACACUCCCAUCAAUCAUCAUCACUCUCCUCCAUCAUUCAGAGCGCCUGUGCCUCGUAUCCCCUCGGUGCUGCCUGGGUUGGGAUGGAACUGGGAGCUCCAGCUUGUCCGCCGCCGCCGUGGCGUCGCCGUCUUCUCUGCUCCGCCGCGCUUGUCCUCUUCCUCUGCCUCUGGGUUACUUCCAAGGCCGAUCAACAACUUGCUGAGUUACCGCCAAGAGGAUGGAAUUCCUAUGAUUCCUUUUCAUGGAUUGUUGAUGAAAAUGCAUACAUGCAAAAUGCUAAGAUCUUGGCAGAAAAGUUACUCCCACAUGGAUAUCAGUAUGCAGUUAUUGAUUUCCUUUGGUAUCGGAGGUAUGUCGAUGGGGCAUACACAGAUUCAUAUGGAUUUGACAACAUCGAUGAAUGGGGUCGACCAUUUCCUGACCUCCAAAGAUUCCCAUCAUCCAAAGGUGAUAAAGGGUUCGGUCAAAUUGCCAAUAAGGUUCAUGAGAUGGGCUUGAAAUUCGGCAUCCAUUUAAUGAAAGGAAUAAGUACUCAGGCUUUUAAUGCAAAUACACCCAUCUUGGACAUUCAUACGGGAAAAUCCUAUGUAGAGAAUGGUCGAGAAUGGACAGCUCGUGAUAUAGGGCUGGUCCAUAGAACAUGUGCCUGGAUGCCACAUGGAUUUAUGAGUGUAAAUACGGAUAUUGGAGCUGGAAGGGCAUUUUUAAGAUCACUAUACCGACAGUAUGCUGAUUGGGGUGUUGAUUUUGUGAAGGUUGAUUGUAUCUUUGGUACUGAUUAUAGCCCGAAAGAAAUAACCACUGUUUCAGAGCUCCUGCGAGAGCAUGACCGCCCAAUCGUCCUAUCCAUCUCACCUGGAACUGAAGUCACUACAGCAUUAGCUGAGAAUAUCAGCGAGUAUGUUAACAUGUAUAGGAUAACAGGAGAUGAUUGGGACAACUGGAAAGAUGUUAGUUCACAUUUUACUGUGUCAAGUACGUUUGCUGCUGCAAACAAGAUCGGGGCCAUGGGAUUACGUGGAAGAUCUUGGCCAGACUUGGACAUGCUUCCAUUUGGCUGGCUUACUGAUCCGGGAGCAAAUCAGGGCCCUCAUAGGACAUGUAAUCUUACAUUUGAUGAACAGAAAUCACAGAUGACACUUUGGUCAAUGGCUAGGUCGCCUCUCAUGUAUGGAGGAGAUUUGAGACAUCUCGACGAUAGUACAUUAAGCAUAAUUACCAAUCCUACUUUAUUGAAGAUAAACCACUACAGUAAAAAUAACAUGCAGUUCCAUUAUGUUCAUGGUGAAAGGACUUCCAUUAUGGGAGAUUCUGGUCACUUGAGUUCUGAGGACCUGACAAAGCAUGAUGGCAUGAUUGUUGGUCUCACUUCCUGUGCCGAUGAAAAAGCUAAUGGAUGGUUUGUAUUAUCACAAGAUGGGAAAUCAGAUCAUAUAUGCAGGAACUAUGGAACAGGGAACAGCAAAAAUAUCUCAUUUUGCCUAGGAAAAACCAAACCUCUUCUUGCAUCGGAUGAUGUUAUCAUGGACAAUGAAGAAUACCAAGAAAAGUUUCACCUGGGAGUUGUAGACAUUAAUGAUUCUUGUUUGGAUGCAUCUGCUAGUCGUCGGCAGACUGCCUCAGAGACUAAUCUCCUAAUGUUCUCCAGGUGCAAGUGGCAUGCAAAGCAGAUGUGGGAGCUGAAUGACAGGGGAAACCUUGUGAGCAGCUAUUCAAGAUUAUGUGCCACAGUGGAAUCUAGCAAGGAAGGAGUAGGUGUUACUGGACUUCGUGCAUGGAUUGCAACCGGAAAUAAAGGAGAAAUUUACCUGGCGUUCUUCAACCUGGACUCGACAAACAGGAAGAUAAGCGCAAGAAUAUCAGACCUGGAAAAGGUUCUCGGGAAGGCGUUUGUCCGGAAACACUCGUGCAGCUGCACUGAAGUCUGGAGCGGGAAGAAUCUUGGUGUCGUCACCGAAGAGAUCUCAGCCGUGGUAAACCCACACGGCUCCGUGCUGUUUGAAAUGACAUGUUAGGUUUGGCGCAAAUUUCUCACAGGGUAGAAAAUAAAUAAAAUAAAUAUUGGCGGUGAGACUGCAACGAUUAUCCGAUGUAAAUCCUGCCUGUGUUAAAAACUGAGUAAUAAUUGACCGCUUCGUCCCCCCA